AUGGGAAAAAGUUUGAAAGACAUACAUGGAAUGCCACUUCCAGAUUCUACUUUGAUGAAUGACACAGGGAAUCAUCUAAUCAAUGAGGAACUAGAAUAUGACAAAGGUUGCUUAAAGGAUGUACAUGAUAAAUCAUUCGCUCUCUUAAAUGAUUGCCAAAAGAUAGCUUAUGAAGCAAUAAUAACAUCAAUUGUAAAUGAAGAAGGCCGCUUACUUUUUAUAAAUAGACAUGGUGGUACCGGAAAGACAUUUUUAUGGAAUACAAUAAUUUCCAAGUUGAGAUCAGAAUCAAAAAUAGUUCUUCCAGUUGCUACUUCCGGAAUAGUGGCUUUGUUAUUACCAAAUGGUAGGACAACACAUUCACGAUUUCAUAUUUCUUUGGACAUCAGUGUAGAAUCAACUUGUGCAAUACGACAAGAAAGUCAGUUAGCCGAACUACUUCUGAAAACAUCUUUAAUCAUUUGGGAUGAAGAACUAAUGGCAAAUAAAUUUUGUUUUGAAGCCUUAGACAGGACCUUGCGAGAUAUCCUCCGAGUGAAAUAUGAAAACAGCUCAGAUAAGCCAUUUGGAGGCCUUACAAUCGUAUUUGGUGGUGAUUUUCGUCAAAUACUUCCAGUGAUUCCAAAAGGAACACGAGCUGAUAUUCUAGAUGCAUCACUCAACUCCUCAUAUUUGUGGCCAUUCUUUACAAUUUAUGAGCUGAAACAAAAUAUGCAACUUUGUUAUGGAAGAGUAUUUGAUUCUGAGGCCGUUGAAAUUACUACUUUCGACAAAUGGUUGUUACAAAUUGGGGAUGGAUCCUUUUAUAGUGAUGUUGACAAUGACCUUAUUAUAUAUGUAUAA